GCCAACAUGGCGGCUACAAAUUUUGCAUGUCUGCUGUUUUGUUUAGCAUCUUUUUCACAGCAGUUUAGCGCCUCCAGGCUUCUCACCGAACCGUGUUAUAAACCCAUUAGAGACCACAGGCCGGACUUUGUCAGGACGCAGGCCCGGCCGCAUGUAGAGGUGUUGAAGCUUCCUCCGUCAUGGGACUGGAGGAACAUCGAUGGGAAGAAUUAUGUGAGCGUCACGAGGAACCAACACAUCCCCCAGUACUGUGGCUCCUGCUGGGCCAUGGGAGCCACCAGUGCGCUAGCUGACCGCAUCAACGUCAAGCGUGGAGGAGCGUGGCCAUCGGCGUACCUCUCCGUGCAGAACGUGAUAGACUGCGGGAGGGCAGGUUCCUGUUACGGAGGCGAUCACCUGAGAGUCUACGCCUACGCGCACGAAAGUGGCAUUCCUGAUGAAACCUGCAACAACUACCAAGCCAAAAACCAAAAGUGCGAGCUGUUUAACCAGUGCGGCACGUGCUCCUUCUUUGAGUCGUGCGCUGUUGUGAAGAACUACACCGCGUGGAAAGUCGGAGACUACGGAGAAGUUUCUGGAAGAGAUGAGAUGAAAGCUGAAAUUUUCACCGGCGGACCCAUCAGCUGUGCAUUGAUGGCGACUGAAGGCCUGGAGCGAUACUCCGGAGGGAUUUUCUCCGAGUUUCACCCUCUCUCUCUGCCAAAUCACAUCGUGUCUGUGGCUGGGUGGGGCGUGGGCGAAGAUGGGAUCGAGUACUGGAUCGUCAGGAACUCCUGGGGAGAGUUCUGGGGAGAACACGGCUGGGCGAGAAUUGUCACCAGUGCAUUUAAAGGAGGAAAAGGCAACUGGUUCAACCUGGGUAUUGAGAAAAACUGUGCAUAUGGAGACCCUAUUGUAACAUAGGUGCUUAAUUAAGGUGAUCAAUCUUACUGAAAUAACUGUGGAUAGUUUGGAAACUUUAGGGAACGCUUUCCUUCUGUGUACUAAAAUCAACAUGUGCAAACAACAAUUUGCUGUUUAAUGUGGGUUUAUUUUUUGAAAGUGCUUCUUGGCUGAAAGCAGUAAUGUCCUGAAGCUAGUUCAAUCCAAGAAAUUGUUUGGUAACAUCUUCCUGUAAAAAAACCUCAAUCACAACAUGUUAUUUAUGCACUUUGGUUUCUGCAUAAAAUAAACAGUAUUACAAAGUCGCAGUGCACUCAGCUCAGAAUCUUAAACAUGUACAGACACUACCGGCUCUCACUAAGUAUACUUCUUAGUGUUUAUUUAAGAGCAGGAAGAACGCAUUUUGAGCUCUUAUCUGUCAUCAGCACUACCAGCUUAAAGAAAGUCUUCCAUUUAGGAUUUUCAGCCUUUACAGGUUGUCUGAGGAUCAAGUUCAGACACGGUCGGUAGCAACAAGAUAUUUGUCGAUGGUUUAGAUACAGCUAAAAACAUAUAAAGGAAUCACUUAUUAACCCCUAAGCUUCCCUCUUAGAGAGACUUGAAAAUCUCUUAAACAUGUUUCCAUUAAAAAAAAUGACAAAGUGUAUCAUUAAACAUUGGCACAUUUUAUUUAAGCUGUUUGAUCAAAGAUUCACAGAUCUUUGCAAAUAAAUGGGCCAAAAAUCUGAGUGGUAAAGUGGUCGACGCUGAUUGCUUCGGACCUCCUCAAACAUAUUUAAAUUGUGAGGGGAUUGGAAGAAAGUUCAAAGUUAAAGAUGGACUCUUUCUUAUAGAACCAAAUUUGUGGUCUACUUCUUAAAAUGCCCAAAUGGGCUGAUAAUAGCAUAGGAAAACUCAACUGAAUUGUAAAAUGUCUUUGCUAGCAGUACCAUCAGUCAUUAUCAAGUCGAGUCACUUUUAUUUGUACAGCAAAUUUUACAACAACAGAAGUUGAGCCAAAGUGCUUUCCAGGCAGGUGCUGUUGCGUUCCAGGUCCAGACGUUACACUGGUGCAGAACUGUACCCUGUCUGUGUGGUCAGAGUAUGCAGAUCUCGGAUAAAGGCACUGAUGCCGUUGACUUGCCUUCCCCAGACCUAAAUCCAGUUGAGAACCUGAUGUUAGGUAUCUAUACAUCUGAUGCAACCAAAUAGCACCACAGACUGUCCAGAAGUUCACUGAUCCAGGUUUGGGAGGAGAUCCUUCAAAACAGCAUCCACCUGCAUCAGGAGCAUGCCCAGAUGUUAGCAUACAGGAUCAUGGGGACUAUACACACUACUGAGCUACAUUAUGACAUGAGCAGGAUCAGUGUGUGAUUUAAAUGUGUAGCUUUUGGUGUUACUUUAAGGAGCUCCCCUCCUUUCACUCUUGAUAGGGCCACCAAGCUGCCCUAAACUGAGCCUGCUUCUGCUGGAGAUCACUUCCUGUUGAAAGGAGGCUCUUCCUCCCCACUGAUGACAAUGUGCUUGCUAAUAGUUGAUCCAUCUGACCACAGAACAGUUUUCCACCUUGUCUCAGUCCACUUUUUAAAAAAAGCUUUGAUUCAGUGAACAUGGCAGUAUUCACAUGUUCACAUGUGGUUCUCAUGAUGGUUUCUCCAGAUUCUCUGAAUCAUUUGUUGAUAUUAUGCACUGUUAAUGAUAGAUAUUCAAAGUCUUUGCAAGUUUACGUUGAGGAACAUUAUUCUGCAACGGUAGAUUUUUGCAGAUUGGUGAACCUCUGCCCAUCUUUACUUCUGAGAAACUCCGCCUCACUAAGAUAACCUUUUUACACCCGAUCAUGUUACUGACCUGCUAGUUGCAAAAUGUUCAGUCAGCUGCUUCUGUUUAGUACCAUUUACUUUUCCAGCCUUUUGCUGUCCUGACCCAAACAUUGAUUCUGUCAUCAGUUUCAAAAUGAUCCGACAUUUUUCAUGAAAUUGUAAAAUGACUGUGUUUAAACAUUUGACAUGUUUUCCAUGUUCUAUUAUGAAUAAAAUGUGGGUUUAGGA